CAUUUCCAUUCUUCCAGUUGCACCCAGACCCAGGCAGGUCAUCGGCGCCCACAACUCCAAGUUGUAUAAAUACUCCGUCGACCGUCUCAUAACAGUCAUACCGCCGAACCAAAUCCAACGUCCACAGAAAAGAAAACACAUUCCCGUCGACUCCCCUAGUUUCAUCCUAUUCAUUUCUCCCCCCAAACACUCCAGCUACUAGUUACUCGAGGAAUCCAUGUGCGGCGGCGCAAUCAUCUUCGACUACAUCCCGGCGCGGCGCCGGGUGUCGACAGCCGACUUCUGGCCUGGUUCUGAAGCAGACGCCGAGGACAUUCAUGCCUCGCACUCCACUGACCCACAGAGAGCGCCGCCGCCGCGCGCGAAGGCGAAGCCUGGGCGCCGCAAGAACCAGUACCGCGGGAUCCGGCAGCGGCCGUGGGGCAAGUGGGCGGCGGAGAUCCGCGACCCCGUGAAGGGCGUCCGCGUCUGGCUCGGCACCUACCCCACCGCUGAGGCCGCCGCGCGCGCGUACGACCGCGCCGCGAGGCGCAUCAGGGGAGCCAAAGCCAAGGUGAACUUCCCCAGCGACACCUCCUCCAGCGUCACCGUGCCGACGGCGGUGUCGAGGUCUGCUGCUGCUGCUGCUGCACAGGCCCCGGCCGUUCUCCCGCUGCCCAAGGUGGAGGCACAGACUCAGGUGUCCGACGAGGUCAAGGAGUUGUCCGAGGAGCUGAUGGCCUACGAGAACUACAUGAACUUCCUCGGCAUCCCUUACAUGGAGGGAGGGACUACAGCUGCAAGUGCCACCACAGCUGCCGCCUCCGCGGCCGCCGGCGUCGCCGAAGAAUCGCAGGUCCCGGCUCCGGCCGGGCUGUGGAGCUUCGAAGAUUACUACUACCCGCCGUCUCUGUCGCUCUUUACUGAAUGAUGAACGUGCUUUGACCGUGCCUGUUUUGGUAACACCUUUGUGAACAGAUUUCCUGCUCGUCGUAGUCGGUGUGAUGUGAUGGCAUCAAUCGAGCUCCUGUCCUGUAAUUUUGUUGAACCCAUCCAUUGUUUCGUGACUACUGUGUGUCCCUGUAACUCGCAAGUUGAGGCAUCAAAGUUUCCAGUUUAACUCUGA